UAAUACUCACGUGAUUUGUUUAUCCUCGAAUCCAGUUGAUAAUGUAGAUACGGCGCCAUAACAAUAAACAUUACCGUAUGCAUUGAUCGUGUAGGGAAUUCCUAUAUUUAAAUAAUCGAAAGCAGUUAAAAUGUCAAAUCAGCAAUGUAAAAUAACAAAUAGCUGUCAGAUUCCAAGUCGUAGAAUUGUUAUUAAUGAUGAUGCACAAUUACCUGUUGAUUACAGUUCUACCCCUGGUGGAACCAUCUUCUCUACAACUCCUGGAGGUACCAGAAUUGUUUACGAUCGGGCAUUCUUGAUGCAGCUCAGGAACUCUCCUAUAGCCAAAACACCACCAAAAAAUCUUCCUAAUAUUCCUGGAGUUACUCUUUCCCCAGUUGACAGAGAAAAUUCAAAACAAAAUGGUCCUACACCAUGUAUCCCUCGAACUAUUGAGAAAUCUGGUAAGGAGAAAAAACUUUAUAUUCCUAGAACAAUGAAUAGAUGA